GCAGCUCGCACGUGCGCAGGUGGAUUCAUUCAUUACCCCCAACCGGGUAUCGGUGGAAAAACAUGAGGGGGCGUAACAGACCAAGGGGUGACAUCAAGCUGCUGCCGAGAUCCGAAUGGACAUUGUUCAAUAGUCCAGAUGGUGACGUUAAAGUGGGUAGAGUGUCUGUCUCUUUGCAUCCGUACCACCCAUGGGUUCUGUGCACACUUGAACGAAGAAGAACAAGGCCGGUCGAAGAGGAAAACGAAAAUCCAACGCCAAGCCCACGACGAUGGUCGAUUGAAGUGUGGAACUACGUGAGUGCGACGCUUGUUGCCUUUGCAGUUAUCCCUCGCGUAUUUAGGAUUGCCGAUGCCAGGUUCAUUGCACAGAAAGGCUGGAUUGCAGUGCAGUGUUCCAAUCCGCGCAAAGACAUUGUUUAUGAGAUCCAAGGUUCGAGCCUGCAAUGUCUCACUGUAGUAGAGCAUCCUUGUCGCUUCGAUGUGUGGGAGAUUGCUGUCCAUCCCCGCUUGUCUUAUCUCUUGACUUCUCGCAACAAAGUCGUCAUCUUGUGGGACGGGGAAAACGAAUGGGAGCAGAUUCCGUUUAAGGGUCACAGCCAGGAGAUACGGUCGUUGAUGUUCCAUCCACGGGACCACAACGUCUUUGCAAGUGGGUCAUGGGACGGGACCAUCAAAAUUUGGGGUAUCAGUGAACGUGCUUGUCUGCGAACCAUUAGAGUUUAUCGAGGUCUUGCGAUUUGGGUAAUGGACUUUUGCAGCAGAGCUGGGAAAUCGCUUCUCCUGUCGUGCGACGAACCGGAAUCUCGUGAACGAGGCAGUGUCUUCGUCUGGGACUACAACACCGGUCGUUGCUUAGUCAAGAUGCUAACCGAUGGUUUUCAAGCCUUCUUCCAUCCAACCUUGCCGUACAUCUUUAGUGCGACACGUGAUGGCGAAAUUCAAAUCUGGAGCGAGUCGAACUGUAAGUACUUGUCAUCCUUCUGGUGCGACAUGGGCGACCCCGACGCCUGGUUUGGCAGAGGUCUCGAAUGGAUCGGUGCUUGCAAGCACUCCAACCAUAUCAUUGCCUUAGGAGGUAAAGGAACGAUCUAUGUGUUGGAGGUGGUAAGCGGAAAAAACGAUCGUGAGGAGGAUGUGCAGAGAACCUCUCUUUGCGCAGAGUCUGCAAAAAGGCCAUGCCUUGUCAGAGCAACAACGCCGGGAUCAGACGAAGCAUGGCUCAAAUCAGCUUGGUGGUUUAAACCACGAGUACGCGAGCAAGGUGUGCUGGCCGGUUAAUGGACCUGCCUUCCGUGAACCUACGGGCCUCUGCCCACAGCUGAC